UCUAGUGUGAAACUUUGUACAUCUUACACUCACCAGACCCCCUCAACAGGGGACAAUAACACCAGCCGUGUGGAAGUCCUAGAUUGAAGUAUUAUUUAUCCAUCUAGGGCUUACAAAAACAAACUCCCUUUCUUUGUUCUUACCACUACCAAGACACAAAGAUGCUGAAGAUUGAAAUCAUCUCCAAAGAGUCCAUCAAACCUUCCUCUUCAACACCCAAUCACCUCAAAACCUUUCGGCUCUCUUUGAUCGAUCAGUUCGUUGCACCUUUCUUUGCUAUCCCCAUUGUUCUUUACUACUCCUCUGAUGAAAAAGCUACUAGCCAUGUCAAACAAUCUGAAAUGUCUUCUAUCUUCAAACGAUCGCUGUCCGAUGCCUUGACUCUAUACUACCCAUUUGCCGGAAGAAUGAAAGGCGAAAGCUCAGUUGACUGCAACGAUGAAGGGGUUGAUUACUUGGAAGCUCGAGUCGAUGCCUCAAUUUCAGACAUAGUUAAAUUUCCACAGGUUGAAGUGGUGAGUCAAUUUGUUCCAUCAGUAAAUUACCGAAAUGGUGAGACUAGCGAUGUUCAAUUAGCGAUUCAGGUUAACUUGUUUAACUGUGGUGGAUUAGCUAUUGGCAUUGGGUUUUCGCACAGAAUUGCUGAUGGACUAACGAUAAGCACAUUUAUUAAAACCUGGGCAGCCAUGGCUCGUGGUGAGACCUGUUUGGCUAGUCCAAUUUUCAUUUCAUCAUCGAUUUUCCCACCCAGAGACCCACUUGGGUUCAAGCAAACACCUGACACCUCACAAGAGAGACUCAUCACAAGAAGGUUCUGUUUCACUUCAUCAACCAUAGCUGCUCUAAAAGCCGAAGUAGGCACGUGUGCAGUACACCCCACUCGUGUUGAGUUGGUGACCGCAGUGAUUUGGAAGUGUGCAAUGGCUCAAUCAGGGCUCGAUAAGUCGACAGUGACACAUGCAGUGAAUGUGAGGGGGAAGAUGGACCCGCCAUUGCCUGAAACCGCCCUUGGGAACAUUUUUAGGCAAGCGUACGCGUAUACGAAUGGUGUAGUGGAGUUGGGUAGGCUUGUGGGCGAGCUGAGGGAGGGGAUUGGGAAAAUUGACAGUGAAUAUUUGAUGAAAUUGAAAAGUGAGAAUGCGUAUGAAAUGAUCAUGAGUAAUAUCAAGAAGGUUGGUGAAUUGGUGUCCAACAAGGAAGUGUUGUUUUUGAGGUUUACUAGUUGGUGUAAGUUUCCAAUAUUUGAAGCAGAUUUUGGUUGGGGCAAGCCCAUUUGGGUGAGUAGUGGUAGUAGGGCUAUUAAGAAUUCUGUUAUGUUGAUGGAUUCUAUGUGUAGUGAUGGUGGAAUUGAAGCUUGGGUUACCAUGGAUGAAGAGAGUAUAAUGAAAUUUGAGCAGGACCCUUUGCUCUUGAGUUUUGUUUCGAGUUAAGUUGUGU